GGGAAAGGCCUGGCCUACUCAUCUUGCGAGGAGAGGGAGAGAGAGAGGCCUAGUGUUGCCCAAGAAUGAAGCCCAUGUCUUCUUCUUUCUUGUUCUUUAACCGGCCUCCCAAGAAGAAACUGGCAGUACCUGCUCGAACAUAUGAAGAAUUUUUGCUCUCUCAGAACUUGGAUAAUUGGCCAAGAUUCCCCUACAUGCAGGAAUUGGACAUCAGCCCUUUAAUUGCUAAAUUAAAAAAGGACUAUCCACUGAAAACUCUUACUAAGUAUCUUCGUGACAAUGUUCCACUGGUUACUGAAACUAUUUCCAACCUAGAAAAAAGAGUGCAGGAAUGCAAAAUAAAAGUAGAUGAGCAUGUUAAAUAUACAUUUGCUUUGGAAUCUGGACAAUCAGAAAUAGAUAACCAAGGGCUUUCUGUGCCAAAGGAAGUUGCAGAUACUUUUACUGAACCACAAGACAUAAGGAGGAACAAAAAACUUAAGGUUGCUGCAGACAUCAUACAAGACACAAAUUGUAAAACAGUUGAGAAUUUCAAGUUCCCUGGUUUCAACGUACAGAAACUGACAAAGCUACCGAACAAUCUGGAACCUGCACGUCUCUGGGAUUCAGUUCUAAAAGUUCAGACUUUCAAGGGAGUGAAUGUAAAAGUUUUGAAGAAAUUAUUUUUCUCAGAAGCAUCUCUAGCAAUUUUACAAGAUUGUUUUUGGUGGUGGUUUCUUCAUAAAUUCAAGCCUGAUGAAGACGAACAGGAUCACUUUUUUGACAGAAUAUCAGAUAGCUUUGUGGCACUUCUGUUGAGUACUCCCAAUUACAUAAAAGAUCCUUUCUUUCAGAUGUAUCCUGACUGCUUGUCACAAACCAUCUAUGUUAGUUUUUGUGAAGCUUUUCCUGAAUCCUAUAGACAUUUUAAUGAUGAGUUUAAAGAAGAAUUGAUGGAUUUAGUUUUCCAGUGGAUAAGAGGUUUCAAACCACGAAAAUUUGCUUGGAAGGAGUGGAAGAUAUGGUUGUUGCUAAAACAAAAAAGAGAUUCCUUUACUAAGUCAUCAUCAUUUAUAAAACCGCUGCAUCAAUCACGGUCUUCACUCUUCAACCUCCUGGACAAAACUCAGCGGGAACGCAAGGGUCAUAUAAAGGAAGGAACAAUUGGGCCAGUGCGGUUUCAGAUAGAAAGGGAGGUACGAAGGAAAAAAUCACAGAAGACAACGAAAGAGUCCCAUUAUAUUGGGGAUGGGCCGGACUUCCAGCGUUCGCUAUUCAACCUUGGUGGCCAAAGUCCACUGGUUCUGUAUUAUCUUCAGAUGCACGGGAUCUCCAAUACCCUAUCAAACACUCGGGCUUAUAGGAUCAAUCACAGUGAAAUCUGCAAAAUACCACCAGCUUCUCCAACUUACCUAGAUGUUAUUAAGGAGAGUCAAAUGUUUAUACACAAUCUGCACGAUGAUUUUAUUGACUUUGAACAUAGGUGUGGCGAGGAACUAGCGCAGUUGGAAGAAGGGAGACGAAAAAUGUGCAAGAAAUAUAAAAGGAUGAUGGCAACCAUCACCAAGAAGCCGACCGAAGCAAGGUUGAAAACAGAGAAGUUUCUCAACCAAGUGGCAAGUGCAAAGCCACGGCAGCUUAAAUCCACUGUACUUAAACCCAGUGGUGCAACCAUGUGAAGUCAUCUGAUAUUAAGUUGUGCAUGGCAAAAGCUGAAUUAAGCUUAGUGACAUAUUUGUUAUGUACCACUUUCAAAACAAUAAAGAAUGAGACAGAACAACUUUUUUU